UACGGAAAAGACAGUGUUUCCGGUUCCGGUGUCAUGGCCGGCUCCCACCCUGAAGGUGUUCCUGCAGUCCUCGCCGAUAAGAGGCAGCAGUUUGGGAGCCGGUUUCUGAACGAUCCAGCGCGCGUCUUCCACCACAAUGCCUGGGACAAUGUGGAGUGGUCGGAAGAGCAAGCCGCAGCGGCGGAGAGAAAAGUCCAGGAGAACAGUACCCAGCGGGUGUGCCAGGAGAAACAAGUUGAUUAUGAGAUCAAUGCCCACAAAUACUGGAAUGACUUCUACAAAAUCCACGAAAAUGGGUUUUUCAAGGAUAGACAUUGGCUUUUUACUGAAUUCCCUGAGCUGGCACCUAGCCAAAAUCAAAAUCAUUCGAAGGAUUGGUUCUUGGAGAACAAGAGGAGUGAAAUAUCUGAAUGUACAAACAGUGAGGAUGGACCUGGUUUAAUAAUGGAAGAACAGCGCAAGUGUUCUUCGAAGAGCCUUGAACAUAAAACACAGGUGCCUCCUGUGGAGGAGAAUGUAACUCAGAAAAUUAGUGACCUGGAAAUUUGUGCCGAUGAGUUUCCUGGAUCCUCAGCCACCUACCGAAUACUCGAGGUUGGUUGUGGUGUGGGAAACACAGUUUUUCCAAUUUUACAAACGAACAAUGACGCAGGACUCUUUGUUUACUGCUGUGAUUUUUCUUCCACGGCUAUAGAACUGGUCCAGGUGAGAGACCUGAUUGAUCGUCAUUCCCUGCUGCCCCACAGGAUGCAGAAGGCUAUCAACAGGCUGAGCAAGCUUCUGAAACCUGGGGGGAUGAUGCUUCUGCGAGAUUACGGCCGCUAUGACAUGGCUCAGCUUCGGUUUAAAAAAGGUCAGUGUCUAUCUGGAAAUUUCUACGUGAGAGGUGAUGGAACCAGGGUUUACUUCUUCACACAAGAGGAACUGGAUGUACUUUUCACCACUGCUGGGCUGGAAAAGGUUCAGAAUCUGGUGGACCGACGCCUGCAGGUGAACCGAGGGAAGCAACUGACAAUGUACCGGGUUUGGAUUCAGUGCAAAUACCGCAAGCCUCUUCCGUCCAGCACCAGCUGAGCGGCACCUGCUGCUCACACGAUGCAAGCUCACUGUGUUUCCGGGCGUUUUUCAAAAGCAUUUGUAGCACCGGGCGUGGUGGUGCAUGCCUGUAAUCCCAGCCACUCAGGAGGCUGAGGCAGGGAGGAUCCAAGCCCAGGAGUCCAGCCUGGGCAACAUAGUCAGAUCCUGUCUCUGAAAGUAAUAAUGAAAAUAAAAAGAAUACAAAUGAGGUCUGUUGAUGUUGAACGAUUCAAGAAAUCAGACUUGAACCUUACACCUAGGAAAAGUUACUUUGUACCAGGAUUCUAACAAUUAUGCUUUAUAUUUGUGAAGUCCUUUAAACAUAAUUUUCUCAAGUUCUUUCUUUGAGAUCUCAAUCUGUCUUAGCAUUUUGUAGUAACUGAAAUUUUAUUCAUGGGAAUUGUAAAUUUUAAAACACCAAUUUAUUUUCAUGGGAAAAAAGUAUUAUAUAUUAUUAUAUUUGACUGUAAUUGCAUUAAAUCUUUUGAGAGU